ACAAUGAAGCAACUGCCAUGCAAGGCGCAUUAAACGGUGCAUAUAUCUCUUUUGUAUCAACAAUGAGAGAAAUGAUCUCGCAUGGUAUAAAAAUUUUGCUACAACUGAAAGCAGUAUGCUGAGGUCGAGGAGGAGAGUGCCGCAUCUUCACUUGAUAGCCAAAGGGCUGUCCUGUUCUUACUCCUCUUCCUUACACCAUGCCACCCAUCUCCGGCCUAAUACACCACAGCAACUGCAACAGCAACUACUAAAGCAGUUGGUCUCUCUGUUACAAAAACACUCAUCGAGCCGCCAAGCCACCCAACAAGUCCACUCUCACUUCAUUACCUCUGGCUUUCUACACAGCCAGCAGUCCACAUCCUAUAUCCUUCUCCUUGUUAACACUCUGCUCCGCUGCUAUUCCCUCGGCCAAUUCCCUCUAGAAGCUCUCCUGCUUUACAAAAACCUCAACUAUCUUUCCUUUGACAGUUUCACCUACACUUUCCUACUCCAUACCUGUGCUAACUUACACUCUAUCUUCUCAGGACUUCAACUCCAUGCUCUCGUCGUCAAAGUUGGUUUUCAGUCCCAAGUUUAUGUCCAAACUGCUUUGGUAUAUGCAUAUGCAGUUUGUGGGUCUUUAGUUGAAGCCAUGCAUGUGUUUGACGAAAUGCCUAAGAGGAACACGGUAACCUGGAAUGUCAUGAUCUCCGGUUUGGCGAAAUGGGGUCAUCUCCAACUUUCUCAUUCUCUCUUCGAUCAGAUGCCUACUCGGACUGUUGUGUCAUGGACAGCUAUCAUUGAUGGGUACACACGCAUGAAUCGGCCCGAUGAAGCUUUGUCUUUAUUUCGAAGAAUGGCUAUUUAUGAAGGUAUAAAACCCAGUGAAAUCUCUCUCCUUGCCAUUUUUCCGGCUAUAUCAAUUGUGGGGGCCCUUAAAAUCUGCCAAUCGGUUCACACUUAUGGGGAGAAAAGAGGAUUUAAUAUAUCUAACAUACGCAUUACAAAUUCUCUCAUAGACUCAUAUGCAAAAUGUGGAUGCAUAAAGAGUGCAUCAAGAUUGUUCGAGGAUACGUCUGCCCAGAGAAAAAAUCUGGUGUCUUGGACAUCCAUAAUAUCUAGUUUUGCAAUGCACGGCAUGGGAAAAGAAGCUAUGGAGCGUUUCGAAAAGAUGGAGGAAGUUGGAAUGAAGCCGAAUCGGGUAACUUUCUUGAGUCUUUUAAAUGCCUGUAGUCAUGGCGGACUGGUCGAGGAGGGGCUAAAAUUUCUGAACAAAAUGCUAAAUAGUUAUCAAAUUGUGCCAGAUAUCAAGCACUAUGGGUGUUUAAUAGAUAUGUUGGGGAGAGCAGGGAGGUUAGAAGAAGCGGAGAAGAUGGCAUUGGGGAUACCUGUCGAGAUUCUUAAUGUGGUGAUUUGGAGGACACUAUUGGGUGCUUGUAGCUUUCACAAUAACGUUGAGAUGGGUGAGAGAGUCACCAGCAAGAUAUUGGAGAUGGAAAGAGAAUAUGGAGGGGAUUAUGUGCUCAUGUCCAACAUCUUUGCAGGUGUGGGGAUGUUUGGAGAUGCUGAGAGGCUGAGAAAAUUGAUGGAUAAGAGAAAUAUCUUCAAAGUUCCAGGCCACAGUUUGGUCUGACUGAAGGUGAAGAUGUGGGGAUGUUUGGAGAUGCUGAGAAGCUGAGAAAAUUGAUGGAUAAGAGGAAUUUCUUCAAUAUUCCCAGCCACUAUUUGGUCUAACUGAAGAUAUCUCAUCCAGAGUGCUUUUGUGUCGUUGUAGACUGCCUCUCAUGGGGUCUCUUCUCUUAACCUUCUCUUUUUGAUUGGGUUAAUUUUGGGAAUCUGCAUAAAAAGAGUGUUGUUAUGAUUUUAUUUGCAGGAUGAAUUGGAUUUCUGCAAGAAACAGGAACCAAAAGGGCCUCACUCCUGGACUUGCUGAGGAUGAACUCUUUCAGAGGGAAUCUAUUUGAUUUUUCUUCACUUCUACUUUCAUGGAUCGCUUUUAUUUUGUCUGGCUAUGGUGAGAACAAGUUCAAGGAUGAUCCAUAGCUAAAGCAGCAAGACCAGAAGAACUUUGUCCAAAAUGAUUACAUGUGCUACAACACUAGCAAUCUAGUCCUAGUAACCAAUACCAAUUCCCAUUUUAUAUCUUCAAAUCACAACCUAAAAAUCCCACUUUCUGCUGUCAGGAAGGAACUUGACAGUGCCCCAUCCUUUUUUACUCUUGCCAUCAUGGUGGGAUUCCAGUAUUUUGGAAAAUCAAUCUUGCCUUUGAUCCAGGAAGUUAUUCAACGCUGUACGUGGGUUAUAAAAGAUGAAAAAAUAUAUUCAUCAUCUUAAUUCUUAUCAUUCUUUUAUCAUCUCAUGAUGUGAUAUUAGAUAAUAAGAAACUUACUCAUAAAAGAUGGGCAAGACCUUUUCAGGUUUGAGGUUUGGUUUAGAAAAGAGAAUUUUAGCUGAAAAGGAAAAGGCAGAGUUAAUCCAGCAGAGGGAUCUUAAAGUUGCUGAUAUGACAUCUUUGGUUGGAAUAUGGACAGGCUGCAAGAUUAUUCUGUGACUGGAGUUAGCUGAAUAAUUCAGUGGCUCAAUUUAGUGGGCUUCCUUUUGAUCUAGUACUCUACUAUCCCUUCUUUUCAGCAGUAAUCCUUUGUUGAGUGUAGUGCCUCCUUUGUGUGGAACUAGCCUUUGUUAGGUCAUGCAAUCGUUUUUUGGAGAGCAGUAACUCGAUUUCAACUGUUGAUGCAAUAUUCCGAUGGACAACAUAGUCGAAUGGCCCAUAAUAGUACUUGGACGUUGAUAUGG